UUAUACCUCGAUAAGCAGGUACCGUUCUUUAGACUUUGAUACAUUGAUCGGAGGGGACACGUCGUCCAGUCGAAUCCUCGGUUACAUUAUACGCCAAGAGAACGGAAAGCCAUUACAUCGCGCGUGGCCGUUGAACCCGCAGCACUCACCCGACCAUCCCCAGUCCCCACUGCUCAGCUCCCAUCCGUCAUAGCAGACGUACAAAGACUCGUGCUCUCCCGGCCCUUUCAUCUACGACAUGGCCAAAAAGGCUCGCCAGAGGAUUAGCUAUGUUCUCGAGCUCCCAAACUCCUCACCAGGUGGCCAUCGUCUCGGCGUGAAUGGUCUCGCCGUCGAUCGCGACAAUGCUAUUCUCUACUCCGGCGGCCGCGAUGGCAUAGUAUGCGCCUGGGACGUCCACCCCGACUGCAUUGCCCCGACUUCCUCCCACUCCGCCGUUGUCGAUACCUCAUCCUCGCGCGCCAAUGCCAGGCCCAAGCAGACGACCCGAUUCCGUUCCCAAACACACCCGCAUACACAUUGGAUCAACGAUCUCGCUUUAGCCCAACAACAUUCCGCGGUUGUGUCCGCUUCGUCCGACCUGCUCGUCAAAGUAUGGCGUCCCCACGGCAGCGACGCCAAAGAACCAGCCACCAUUGGCCAGCACGCCGAUUAUGUCAAGUGCGUUGCGACACCGUCACAGUCCACCAACUGGGUUGCCUCGGGUGGCCUCGACCGUAAAAUAUACCUCUGGGAUUUGUCAGGCGCCGGCAAGCGACUGGAAAUAGAUGUCAGCGGCGAGGAGGUGCGAGAGAAGGGUAGCGUUUAUGCCUUGGCCGUCAACCACUCCAUCCUCGCCAGCGGUGGUCCCGAGAGCGUGGUUCGCCUAUGGGAUCCCAAGACCGGCAAGCGCAUCACCAAAUUCGUCGGUCAUACCGACAACAUCCGGGCCAUCCUGGUAAACUCCUCGGGCGACAUGGUCAUGACGGCCAGUUCUGACCAGACGGUCAAGGUUUGGAGCGUCACUGCAGGCAGGUGCAUGCACACACUCACCAUGCACAAUGACAGCGUGUGGUCUCUGUUUGCCGAAGACCCUGAACUCGGCGUCUUCUACAGCAGUGAUCGGUCGGGCUUGGUGGUCAAGACAGAUGUGCGAGGCACCUUGGGUGACUUGGAUGAUGGCCUGUCCUUGGCCGUCGCACAGGAACACGAUGGCGUGAGCAAGGUUGUCGCUUGUGGAAACUCUUUGUGGACGGCGACGUCACGGUCAUCGAUUAACCGCUGGCAGAGCCUGGACACAAGUGCUGACAUUCAGCUUCCAGGGGGAUUCCGGCCUCAGAAGGCCUCCGUUGUGUCGACGAGGAGCAGGGAGAGCACUUUCCAGUCUGGAUCCCCGAUGCCAGCAGGGUCACCUACCCCCAAGCGGGAGAUACCGGCCAAGUCGAUCUUGCGUAUCUCGAACACGGCCUCCUUCCCGCGUGCGCUCAGCCGGGAUGGGGCAGAAUCGGUAGCAACACACACACGAAAGGGAUCUGAAAUAAUAACAGACCCCGCGGUAAGCGUAGUGGAGCCGAUACACCACCUGCCGGAAGAAACGAUCGAGGGCCAGUUUGGCCUGGUCAAGCACCGUCUUCUGAACGACAGGAGGCGGGUCCUGACACUGGACACGGCUGGGGAUGUAGUGUUGUGGGACUUGAUCAAAUGUAAACCCAUCAAGAGUUUUGGAAAGAGACAUUUGGAGGACGUAGAACCCGAGGUCAAUACCCUAGAGGCCGUGGCUCCAUGGUGCUCUAUAGACACUAGCUCCGGCAACUUGACAGUGGUUCUAGAGCCAUUCAACUGUUUUGAUGCCGAGGCGUAUGCCGACGAACUCACGCUGGAAGAGCCUGUGGAGUUCCGGGAAGACCAGAGGAUAAAUCUUGGAAAGUGGAUUCUACGAUAUCUAUUUGCGAACCUAAUAGAUGAAGAGAUACGACGCGAUGAGGCACACAGACACAAGCUGAACGAAGUAUCACAGCAACGGGCAGCCGUCGGGAGGGUGAAUCCCGGGUUAUCGAUAUCAAUCCCUCCUCCGCCGGGUGGCAUCGACUCGCAGGUUGCGACGCCGCGGGCAAAUGGCUCCCGGUUCCCUCCUGCGACACCAGGGUUCGCAAUUGGACUCGCUACGCCAGGUUCGCCCAUGUGGCCAGGGGCGGAAGCCGUUGGAACGCCGCUCAGUCCCCUCGACAGGUUCUCGUCGCAAGUUUCGAAUAAGCCAUCUGCAGAACGAGUCGACUACUUUUCGGACGACAUCAACUCACCAGACGCAGAUACAAACAAGACAGCACAGACACCCGCGCCAGUUGCAGAGUCUCGGCCCUCAGAAGAUAAGGCCGGAAAGACAUCGACUGAGAAUGGAAAAGAGAAGGACAAAGAGAAGGAUAAGGAUAAGGAAGUUAAGAGCCCCACGUUUGGGAAGAAGUUCCGGAUGAACAUGUCAUUUGGCGGCAAAAAGCUCGGUCGCUCAGCUUCGGUUGCCGUCGCCGAUAAGCCAGUCGUGGUGGACGAAAAGGCCGAGGAGUCCGAAUCCUCUUCGAACCACGAGAAGGAGUUCGCCGAUAGCUUCCACGGCGUUAUCCAGAAGAUCCACAACGAGUAUGAGAAGCAGCUGACCGAAAACCCCGACAUGGUGGUCGAAACACGCAUCUGCCCCAGUCUGCCCAACGACACGCCAGUGCUCAAACUGCCCAAGGGCACCAAGGUGAUCAUCCAGGAAGAGACGUCGGGCGGCUCAGCCGAGCUGUAUCGGGGGACCGUGGAGUCGGUGGGCGCCGAUGUGGACAUUAUCGAGCAAAAGGGUCCCCAGUGGCUCGGCGAGGUUCUGCUAUUGAAUGCCAUCCCACCAAAAGAUCCCGUCAAGGUGUCGUUUGUGCUGUACCCGUGGCAGGACACGCUGCCGGCCAUCACGGUAGCGGACGGGAACAAUCGCCUGAAUGCGAAUAGGAUGCUGAGGGUGAAGAAGAUCUUGGCGUACGUGGCGGAGAGGAUCGAUCCGCCUGCCGACCCGGAGAAUCCGGACCCGGACGCGAUGAAGCCGGAGGAGUACUUGGAGCUGUACUGCAAUGAACAGCUCCUGCCAAACACAAUGAGCCUCGCAACCCUCCGCGCACACGUCUGGAAGGGCGGUAAUGAUAUCGUCCUCCAUUACAAAGCCAACGGAAAGAAGGAGAUUCUGUUCCCGUCGGCGCCAUCUCCUAGCGGUACCGAUGGCGGCCAACGCCAGAGUCAGGAGUCUCCAUCACAAGCCGGGACAGCAGCCGGUCAGGGACAGAUCGGCCAAGCUGUGGCAGCAGCAGCUUAGGAAGAUGAGGCUGUCAGGCAGGAGAGUCCG